AUGUUUUCACAACAAACUGUUGAAAACUUACAGAACCUUAUUAGUGAAUCUGUAAAAGAUCCUAAAAGAGAUAUACCUGGUGUUUCUGUUUCCAUUACAAACUCAAAAGGUGAUGAUUUAUUCCAAUAUGCUGCUGGUAAGGAAAGCGCAGAUUCUGAUGAAGAUUUAACUACAGGUUCUAUAUUUUGGCUAGCUAGUGCUAGUAAAUUUGUUACUACAAUUGCCUUGUUACAAUUAGUUGACCAAGGGAAAGUUGAACUAGAUUCUUCAGAUCAAGUUUCCAAAUACGUUCCAGAAUUAUCAAAUUUACCGAUUAUUUCUAGUGAAAAAAAUAAAGAUGAAUUAAAUUUUAAGCCAAGUAGCCAGAAAAUCACUUUAAGACAUUUAUUAACUCAUACUUCUGGAUUAGGUUAUACAUUUUCCAGAAAAAUUUUACAAAAAUAUGGAAAAGUUUUCAAUAUUAAUGAACUUGAAGCUAAAAAUGAGCGAGGAUUGUUAUUACCAUUGCUUUUUGAACCUGGUACAAAUCUGGUUUAUGGUGUUGGUAUUGAUUGGGCCGGUGUAUUGCUAGAAAGAAUCACAGGUAAAUCAUUAAAUGAUUACUUGAUUGAAAAUGUUUUCAAUCCUUUAGGUAUAGAAGAAACAGGAUUGGAAUUUGAUUCAGAAACUAGAAAAAAAUUUGUUCCAUUAAGUCAUCGUGAUAAAAAAGGUAUAUUAUCAAGAAUUGAUCAUGGUAAUAAAAAACUAUUUGAAGGUGAUUAUAAAAAUGCAUUUCAAGCAGGUGGCUCAAGUAUUUUUGCAAAACCAAAAGAAUAUAUCAAAAUUUUAGCUUCAAUCCUAAAUAAUGGUGUUUCACCUAAAACUGGUAAAAGAAUAUUACAAAAAGAAACUGUUGAUUCAUUAUUUGUUAAUCAAGUCCCACAGUUUUCAAAUUUUGGUAAAGAUGGCAUUAAACAUGCAAAUGAUUAUUUAACAAAAGAAUUAGCACAACUUUAUCCACAAGGUGGUAGACCACAAGGAUGGGGGUUUUCAAUGGUUAUUAAUUCAGAAGGAUCAGAAACUGGCCGGGGUACUAAUACCAUUUGGUGGUGUGGAGUAGCUAAUUUAUUUUGGUGGAUAGAUCGUGAGAAUGAUGUUGCAGGUUUCCUUGCAACUCAGAUUACACCAUUAGUUGAUGUUAAUGUUAAGACAUUAUGGGUAAAAAUUGAAAAAGAGAUUUAUUCGGAUCUUCAAAAUGGUAAAUAG